AUGUCCUCCCCCGCGACCACUCAAGUUUUCGACAUCCGGAAGCUCUUCUACCUCCUCACCAUCGACACCGCAGCCGAGUUCAACUUUGGAGAAUCCACGGGAUUCCUGUACACCCACGGGAGCCACACUGCAUCAACAGUCAUCGGCAGCCCUGCGGGCUUCGCCGAAGCAUUCAACACCAGCGAGGAGUUUCUGCUACGCCGCGGCCUCGCGCAGCGGUUCUACUGGACAAUCAACCCGUCCAAGUUCCGUGACGCAAACGCCAAAGUCCAGGAAGUCGUGAACCACUACGUGCAUCUUGCGCUGCAGCCCAAACACGCCAGCAAGGCCCAGCAAGUCGGCCAUGGACAUCGCCAGUGGCGCUAUGUGUUCCUCGAGGCGCUGGUGUCUGGAACCGAUGAUCCCAAGCUCAUCCGUGACAACCUGCUCAAUGUCCUUCUUGCGGGGCGGGACACGACAGCUAGCCUGCUCAGCUCGGUCUUCUACUUCCUUGCGCGCAAUAUGUGGGUUUGGGAGAAGCUGCGCAGGGAGGUAACGGGGAACGAAAUCACGCAUGCGAGGGUGAAGCACCUUACUUAUUUACGUUAUGUUCUGAAUGAGACGCUCCGACUGCUCCCACCAGUCCCAGUGAACUUCCGGCAGGCCCUCAAAGAUACAUUCCUGCCGGCUGGAGGAGGCCAAACUCGCAAUGCAGCCAUAUAUAUUGAGAAAGGUGACAUAGUCGGAUAUAAUGUUUACGCAAUGCACCGCAGAACCGACAUCUGGGGUGCCGACGUCCACACGUUUCGGCCUGAGCGAUGGGCGGAAAACCCGCCACGGGCAUUGGAGUUUCUGCCAUUCAAUGGGGAGCAAUACGCGCUGGUAGAGGCUAGUUACACCACUAUUCGGCUGUUGCAAAAAUUCGAUACCCUGGAGACUGUGGAGGUGGAUCAGUUUGCAGAGCCGCGACUGCAGCCAAAUCUGGUGCUGGCUCAUCGCGAUGGGGUCCAUGUGAGGCUUUACUCUUCUACCAAAGCUGCCAGGGAAAGGGUGGCUUGA